CGGCUGCAGUCCAGAAAGCAAUUUGUUUUGGCCCUCAAUAUUCUCCGUAGAACGUGCUUGCUUGCCAACUUGAUUUAGUAGUGUGGUAGAAAGUCUUCUGAAGAACCAGCAUCUCUGCAGGUAGCAGGUCAAUUUAUCACAACACAUCAUGGCAGAAAAUCAAGCUAUGUCUGAACUUGAGAAGAAGGUGGCAAGACAGAUUGAGUACUACUUUGGUGAUCACAACCUUCCAAGAGACAAGUUCCUCAAAGAACAGUUGCAGCUCGAUGAUGGCUGGGUGACUCUGGAGACUAUGCUGAAGUUUAACAGACUGAAAUGUUUGACAACCGAUCCCAACGUAAUUGUUGAGUCUCUGAAAAAAUCCAAGACUGGCCUUUUGGAAAUGAGUGAGGAUAAAACAAAAAUCAGGAGAAUUUCAAGCAAGCCUUUACCAGAACUGAAUGACGAGUACAAAGAUGCCCUCAAACACAAAUCUGUGUACAUUAAAGGUUUUCCAUUGGAGACGACGCUUGAUGAAAUUGAUGGGUGGCUGAAAGGGAAAGGAGUCAUAGAAAACAUUCAGAUGAGACGAAACUUGCAAAAGAAGUUCAAGGGCUCCGUGUUCCUGACUUUCGACACUGAAGAAGUAUCAAAGCAGUUCCUUGGACGCACAGACACCAAAUCAUUCAAAGAAAAUGAAAUGAUUGUACUGUCAAGAGAGGACUACCAUGCAAAGAAAGCAGAGGAUAGAAAACAGUUCAAAGCGGAGGCAAAGGCUAAAGCUAAACAAGACAAGGACGAAAAACAAAAACAUGCAGAGGAAGAGGAAAUGAAAUCUCUGGACGAGCAGACCGGAUGCCUGCUGAAGUUCUCAGGCAAUCUUGACAGUGUUUCAAGAGAGGACUUUCACGAGGUUUUCUCAGGUCAUGGUCAAAUCAAAUGGAUUGAUUUCAUCAGGGGUGCCAAAGAGGGUACCAUCCUCUUCAGAGUGAGUGCUAAGGAAGCUUUUGAUAAGGCCAAAGAAGCAAAUGGAGGAAACUUGAAAAUUAAAGACAAAGAUGUUACUUGGGAGGUGGUGGAGGGAGAUGCUGAGAGGGAAACUCUGAAAAAGAUAAUUGAAGAUCAACAGGAAUCUCUCAACAAACAAAGAGGCAGAGGUGGCCGAAAAUCAGGUGGGAGAGGGGGGAGAGGAGGACGCAGGGACAGGGGUGGACGUGACGGCAAAUCACACUACCAAGGCAAAAAGACCAAAUUUGAUGAUGGCGAUAAUGAUGACGCACCUCCUAGUCCAAAGAAGCGAGCACUGGCAGGAGCGGGCAAAGACGCUGAUGCUCCAGCUGCAAAGGUUGCCAAAACUCCGAAUGGUUCUUAGAAAUGAUAUCUACUGCACAUCUCAAUGAAAUAUUGUAUUUGAAAAGAAACUAACUGAAAACAUAGAACAACUUUAUUCCAUUCCAGUGGAGGCUUCAAGAGAACUGUAGACAGUUCACCUUGAUGUCAACCUAGAAAACAAUUUGUAAUGCAAAUGGAAACGGUAAAUUUCUACCCUGAGCAUAAUUAUUAUUUUUUUUAAUGGGUUUGUCUUAUUUAAUAUGGAUUUAAUUUGUUGACUGCGUCUGAAAAUAAUUUCAUUUCAACAGGAGUGUAUUAUGCUUGUUCGUCACCUCUGUACAAAGACGUGCAUGUCAAUAGAAAGUUGUUAAUCAGUGCCAUUAAAUUUUUCCUCAAUUAUUUUAAUCGUGUAUACUGUUCAAUCCUAAAGCCCAGAUCUAGGUCCUUCCUAAUUUACUUUUGUGAAUAGCCAAUAAAAUGUGAUUUUUAAAUUGA